AAUCCAUGUAAACGCCCAUCAAAUCGAUUUUGCUGUCUUCUUAUCAGUAACCGAUUCAUGUGAAUGUGUGUGUGCUUUUAUGCGAUUGAUUUUAUUGUCAAGGAAAAAGUUGGGUCUUGACAUAAUUUCAAUGUUAGAAACUGAGCGACAGUUGAGUAUUUUUCGUUAUGCGCAGCGAUUGAUUGAAUUGUAGUUCCGGAUUAAAAACAAAAAUGUGUUCCGAUAUGAAACGUAACUGUAUUUUGCUAAUAGUCUUUUUGUGGAUUGCCUCAGUGGGUGCAAAGCCCGGCUAUGGACCCGGUGAACAGGAUUGGGGAUUUGUUGAUGUACGACCGGGUGGACACAUGUUCUAUUGGUUAUACUAUACAACGGCGGAUGUCACCAAUUAUACUGAACGCCCCCUGGCCAUAUGGCUGCAAGGUGGUCCUGGUGCAUCGGCAACAGGUCGUGGAAAUUUCGAAGAACUCGGUCCGCUAGAUGUCAACGGGAAGGAACGUGACUGGACAUGGGUAAAAGACAUGAAUGUAUUAUUCAUUGAUAGUCCAUUGGGCAGUGGUUACUCCUAUGUCGACAAUAUCACGUUGCUUCCAUCGACCAAUAAUGAAAUUGCUCAAGAUUUGCUGGCUUUUAUGAAGCAAUUCUAUGAAUUACACAGCGAAUUUGAAGAUGUCCCAUUGCAUAUUUUUUCACAAAGUUAUGGCGGGAAAAUGGCGCCGGAAUUUGCUUUGGAAUUGUACAUGGCUGUCGAGAGAGGUGAUUUGAGAAGUAAUCUGAAAUCGGUGGCUUUGGGGAGUCCAUGGACAUCACCCAUUGAUUCGAUGUCAGCUUGGGGUCCUCUGUUACUAAAUGUGGGCAUUGUAGAUAAGGAUGGCUACGAGCAGAUAAUGGAAUCCUACAAUCGCACCCUGGAAUAUGUUGAAAAUGAAGAAUGGCAUAAAGCCUACAAACAAUGGAUGAAUACAUCCUACAUAGCCCUAAAUGUCAGUGAAAAUGUUAAUUUCUAUAACAUUUUGAAAUAUCUCAAAGAGGGAGAUUUGGACUCGGGUGAGGUGGAUAAUGAAACCGUCACCGGCGAUAAUGCUAAACAAACUUUGCAUUCGCUAAUGCUGGGACCUGUUAGCAAAGCCCUAGCUAUACCACCCCACGUUAUAUGGGCAUCCCAGAAAUCGGAUAUUUUUGAUAAUCUUUCGAAGGAUUUUAUGAGACCCGCAGUGGACAUUGUGAAUGAAAUUUUAAAUAAUACUGAUAUCGAAGUGGCUGUCAUUUCCGGCCAAUUGGAUUUGAUAUGUGCCACUGCCGGCGCUGUCAAGUGGAUCGAGAAAUUACAGUGGAACGACCGCGAGGAGUAUUUUGAUGCACCGCGCACUGCCAUUCUCAUUGAAGACAAUGUGGAGGGCUACGAGAAGAGUGGUGGAAACUUCAGCAUGUUUUGGGUAAAUCGUGCCGGUCACAUGAUACCCGCCGAUAAUCCCAAGGCCAUGAGUUAUAUUCUUAAGAAAUUGACAAAUUAUGGGUAAUCAAUAAAUAAUAAACAAAUACAAAAUAAAUAAUAUGUGUGUCGGAAUCCAAUCA